ACUGCAGACAAGACAACAAUGUUACAAUCACAAUCAUGUCACUUUUUAGAUUUCUUUCCCGAAAUAUUAUAUUUCCUUCUUAACAAUCUCAAUGAUUUUCCUUGGUUUCCUUUAAGUUUACAGUAAAAAUAAAAUCCGUAGUACCUAACAUUCGAAAAUAUAAAAAUGAAUAACGAGCCGUGCAAAGUUUGUGGAAACACAGAUAUGAAUCUUAUAGACGGGUUUUAUUACUGCGUUGAAUGCGGGACCCAGGACACUAACAUUAUGGAGACUUUAGUCGAGGAUGUGGCUCUUCAAGACGGAACAUUCGCCAUCAAGCAGAAGGCAAGAGUUAAGAAGAUAGCUCGUGUGGUGGCAAACGUUUCUCCUGAGUGGUACAAAUGGCAGUCUUGCAACUAUAUUCUAUCAGGCAUGGUGAAAGAGCUAAUGGAUCUUGGCGCUGGACCCAAGUUUAAGAUGAGAGUAAUGUGGCUUUGGACACUUUAUAUCAAAAAAUUUCAGAAUAAACAGGAGUUAGGACUACCAGCAGAUGCAGAUGAAGUAGAUGAGAGCAGCAUACCUUACAAUCUUGUAACUGCAUGUAGAAAACCAAUUAAGAAUUCAAUCAAAAGUGUUCGUUUACACGUGGACAUUCGGAAAGUAACAGUCAAUUUACUAAUCACAAUUUUGUACUUGGCAUUAAAUUUCGAUAGGAGUGAAAUUUUAGUGUCAGAUCUGGUCAGGUUCAUUAGAGAAGGCAGACUGAGCUAUAAAAAUAGUCUCAAGUAUGUGCCCGAAGAGAUUGAUGUAACUAAAUUUGAUUUGAAAAAAUCCAUUAUGCCUAUGAAAAUGGCUAAUGUUGAGUAUAUCAAUGUGCAAGCAAUGUCAUUUUUAAAAAUCAUGAAUUUAGGUUGCCCUAUAGUUCCUAAUUUGAGAAAGAUUGUUGAAAGGUAUGUCAAGGAACUAUGUCUCCCUGAUUGUUUUAAAGAUUUAGUAUUUUCGCUUAUGAAUCUUGUACCUUGUGAUUAUCUAGAAAUAGACAUAUUUAUAAUGAAAACUAUAAAUGCUGUUCCGUUUUAUGGAGCUCGAGUUAUGGCUUACAUUUUAGUCGCUCUUAAAAUGUGUUUUGGAUUAGACGAUGAAUACGAAACAAAGUUAUCUGAUGCAGUCGAUUCUGUUAAUAAAGAAAACUGCCACAUGAAAUGUCACAAAUUAGGUGUAUUCUCAACAUCAUCCGAUAGACUGUUUUGUUUUAGAGAAUGGGUACAAUUUCUUUUACUAAGAAAAUUAGUUUUAAGUAAAAGUUAUGUACCUCUUUCUUUAUUGUAUCGUAUGGAUGUAGAUGAUUAUGUUUAUAUGGAGCAAAGUGAUGUUAAAUCGCCUUAUAAGGAACAACCUUCAGUAACUGAUGAUAUCACUAUGUCAUUGUUAGAAAAAAUUAAGACUGAUACUGUAAAAGAAGUGAUUCCAAAAAAAGCAUUCUUUCCCAGUCUUACCCCAUUCACUGAUUAUACUGAUGUUGUCUUGAAAAAUUGUCAUGAUCCUGAAAUAAGACUGAUUCUAAGUGAAGAUUUCACGCAAUAUUCUUUAAAAUACGCGUACGAAAGCUUAGAUUUACGCGUAUCAGAUGAUAGCGAAAAUAUUAUUGUUGGUAUCAAUGAAACUAAUAAAUGUAUCAAAUCUGAAAUUAAAUCAAAAGUAAGUUCGUCAUAUCACAUACAUAGAGACGACUCAUUAGUGUUCGUAAGAAACUGUGAAAAUAAAAAUUGGAUGAAAACUAAACGGCCUUCACAGAAACAUGUAAGAAAAGUGAAGGAAAACGACAGACAUGAUGAUGACAGUGAUUCUCACGAUGAGUAUUUAUAUGAUUCGGAAACAAGCAUGAAUGAUGCGGUAGAUGAAGAUGAAUGUAGCUAUAAAAAACAAGAUUUUAUCGAAGUGGACAAAACUGGCAAUAUAUUCGAUGACGAUUUUCAGAAUCUAGCCGAAUACGAACCUAAAGAUAAUCACGAGUUACUAGAUAUAAAAGAAGAACCAAUUGAUGAAGAACAUCUUGAAUUCAAUAGUUAUAAUCGUGAGAGUAUGGAUGCCGAAAAUAAUGUUUUAAAACACGAUGCCGAUAAUCUUAAUGAUGUUCAACCCUCUGACACAGACGAAGAUGUACUUCAAUUCUAUAACCCUGAAACGUUCGACCGAGAAGGCACUAUAAAACAUUUAGUAUUAUUAGCAUGUCAGAAACAUAAAAUAGCUAUACCUAAAGAGUAUACAACAAUAGGAAAUAAGGAGCCUAGGAAACGUAAAAUCCAAAAUAUAAAUAAAGAAAAUAAUAAUGAUGAUGCUGUAUGUGAGAAGAAAGCUAAAGUGCGUACCAAACCAGGAGAGAUUCGGAAGGAUGUCAACAUCUUGCUGUCUGCAUAUUACGAUAGUUUGAAACAUGAUGUGUUUUCUUCUGUUAGUCAUCAUAUUAGAGAUCUGGUUGAAAAUUUUGAGAGGACUCGAGAAGAUUUUGAAGCAGAAGAUCAAGCAGAUGGUGAUUUCCAUAACGAUUUAGAAAUCUUUAGAAAUGAAUCGAACCAAAAUAAGAAUGGAGAGAAUAUAAACAGUGCAGAUAACACUAGUAAUGUUGAGGACCCAAGUAUUUUAGAAAUUGAAAAUCAAACACAUGACGAUAGGGAAGUUGCAGAAACAGAAGACGCAUACAAAGGAGAUCCAAAAUUCGACGAAAAGAUAUAUGAUGUCAAACAGCUAUAUUUGACAAAAUGCGAUGAGAAUUUUGAGGAUAUAUUUGACAUACGCGAUGAUCCAGAUGUAGAUAGAAUAAUUUCUCAGAAAAUUGAAGAGGAAUCUGUUACUAUGAAUAGAAAAUCUACUAAACAUGACAAUAAAAAUGAAGAGGGUUUCAGCGAAUGGGAGGACGAAGUACCACUCAGUGAAAUCAAAGAACUGAUGUUGGAAAGGAAAAACGUGCAUGAAGACGCUUUUGAAAAAUUGGGAUACUUGGUUAAGAACAGAAAAAAUAUUACUAAAAAUAACUAUUGGGUUAGACAAGAGAAAAUAUUAAGUAGGGUGCAUCAACGAGUAGAUUCUUUUACGAAUGAAAUGAAGGAAACAUACCCGAAGAGUUUCAGUGUGCUCAUCGUAGAAUGCGCGGCCAUGCUGGACUGCACACCUUUCAUUCUCUAUAAGUACAUGGUGCAAAUUGAAGAGCGCCUAAUCCAUAAAUAAUUUGUAAAAAAAAAAUUCUUCAGAAAAUUCAAUAUUUUCAUAAAUAAAUUAAAAACUGGUAGCGGAUUGCGACUUGGAUUUGUUCCGUAAAAUUAGUUUUUGGUUAUGUACAUAAAUAUUUACGGUAUUAUGAGCUAAACUUACAAUUAAGUUCUACAUACAUAUGUAUUACGUGGUUCUCAGAGCGUGAGACGCUCGGCAUCUGCAUCAAGCAAUCUGUACUAUGGUAAUGUAAAUUUUAUGAAUGACUGAUUUUGGAAAUGUGUCCUUCCUCAAGAAAAUUGACGGAUCGUAAUGACAGCGCGGCCGUAGCGGUCGUAACGCUCUGAGAACCAUUUCAAUUUAAUUAUAUUCUAUUUUCAAUUUAGUUUAAUUUUAGUGACUCUAAAGUGAUAUUAUUUAUUUUAUUAUCAUUAUUUGAGUUGUACCUAAUGUAAUAUCUGUUCUGUGAUUUUAUUUGUAAGUUAAUAAUAUAAAGACUAUAUUUUUGUUUAUUUCUAUGUAUAUUUGUGUCCGGCUAUAAUAUAAAUACUUUUAUUCAAA